AGCGAGUUCGCAUCCUUUGGAACGUAUACAACUGCAGCUCUCUGGAAGACAGUUGGAUAUUUCAACGCGUUUCACGAGAAUGGACGGAUUAAAAAUUCUGGCGUUUCUUCUCACGAUCGCCGUGGGGAUCAAAUGCCAGAACAUGACGUCGGGGCCUCUGCCCCCCAUGCAAAUGGCCCACCGAGUGACUCUGGACCAGAUGGGGAAAUACGUUCUGAGGUGGACUCCGGGGAAAGAUGAGAUAGUCUUCGAAGUCCACGUGGCUACAACUGGCUACGUCGGUUUAGGAUUUUCACCCAACGGUGGAAUGAAAGGGUCCGACAUCAUCAUUGGAGGGGUGGAUGACACAACAAAAGAGGUCUACUUAAAAGAUCGAUCUGCCUCUGGCAAUGAGGUGCCGAAAGUCGACGAUACUCAGAACGUCAAACUCCUGGCAGGUCAGCAGAAUGAUACUCACACCAUUCUGAGGUUCUCUCGUCCUUGGAUCACUUGUGACAACAAGGGGGAUAUGGAUCUGAGUAAAGAGGACACGACUCGUAUCAUCUGGGCCUACGGGACCUCAGAUCCAUCGAAGGGUGACCCCAUGGCCAUUAGUUACCAUACCCAAAGGGGCACCAAGAGCUUGUUCUUGAACGAGCCUCGCCUCCAGAUGCCCAACUUUGGCAGCGACGUCCAGACGUGGGACCUGAGGUCACCUAAUAUAACGCUGCCGAAUGACUUGAAGACACUUUAUUGGUGCAAAAUGUUCAAGGUUCCUCCUCUGCCUCGAAAAACCCACGUCAUUGGAUACGUCCCACUCAUUGCCAGCGACAACAUCCAGCACGUUCACCACAUCUUGAUUUAUGAGUGCUACAUCCCGGAGAGCGCGAAGUACUUUGAGAAGUGGGUAGACGUCAAAGGUACCCAGUGCUUCGGGGCAAACAUGCCCGUCUCCUGGAAGUACUGCACUACUCCCAUUGUCGCCUGGGCCAUUGGCUCAGAAGGAGGUUUUACGCCAGACCACGUGGGAUACCCACUCGGGGAGCAGCAUGGAGGAUCCACUUACUUCAUGAUGGAACUGCACUACGACAAUCCUAAUCUUAAGAGAGGUGUAGUGGACAAUUCAGGUAUCAGAAUCUUCCACACGGAGAACCUGCGGCCUAACGACGCCGGAAUCCUAAUAGUGGGCCACUCUGUGUCUCCCAUCCAAAUCGUACCCCCCGGGAGGGAGUGGAUGAGCGUCGGUAUCUGCAGUAGUAACUGUACGAAGGAGAACAUCCCAUGGAGUGGCAUCAAAAUAUUCGCCGGCUUCCUGCACGCUCACUUAUUGGGCAGAAACAUGACUGUGAGACACAUACGAAGUAGGAAGGAAUUACCAGUUAUCCAGAGAGAUCUGAGCUACGACUUCAACUUCCAAGAAGCAAGAAAUCUGAAGAAGGAACUGACUGUGUAUCCUGGAGACUCCUUCAUCACUGAAUGUGGACUGGACUCCAGGAGUCGAAGUGUUCCAACAUUCGGAGGAAUCGGUACAGAGGAAGAAAUGUGUCUGGGAUUCUUCUAUUAUUAUCCACGCGUCAAUUUAAGCUACUGUGUGUCUGGUCCCUCCAGGGCCAACGUCUUCAAGAAUCUCGGUAUAAGCGAGGUCUAUCCACCAAAACAGGCACAAGCAGGCACGGUGGACAAGUACGGUAUAGACGAAGCUUCCGAAACUAAGUUGGCCCAGGGCUUUAAAUCCGGCAACGUCACCUCCAAUCCGAUUAAGUUAAACCUAGCUGAGAUAUUCCGUCUGGUCGUCGUCAAAUCUCCUUCGAAAUUCCAGAACCAAACCCUCUUCGACAUUCUCACGUCCAGAGACACCUGGAAAGACGCAGACUUCGUCCAGAAGUUUCAAGAGGCUGUGAUCAGAGGAGACCACGCCCAGACCUGUGAGCAGAAGACGGACGUCCGCGGUGGAAGUCUGGAAAUCACAGAGGAAGAAAUCAUCAACUACCCAAACUUCCAACCUCUCCAAACCCCAAGAGAAAAAUGCAAAACGGUCAAUGAAGUUGGUGUCACAGGUGCCACAGGUGCCACAGGGGGUAUCUUGAAACCUUUGCCAUGCCCUGCAAGACUUCCAGGUUGUAACCAAUAUCGAUCUGCGAACAACAUUCUAGGAAAUCGUCCCUCUUUCUUCUAGACCUCAGUCUAGGGUCUGUUUGCGACCGGAAGGGACGUCAUGUUUUUUCGAAUCAAGGUCACUUUGUUGUUUUUUGUUUUGAAAAUCGUCCUUUUUUUGUUCUAGACCUUAACUUUGUUUGCAGCAGGAAUUGACGUCAUGUUUUUUCGAAUCAAGAUCAUUUUGUUGUUUUUUGUUUGGAAAAUCGUCCAUUUUUUUUUUAUGUUCUAGACCUUAACCUUGUUUACGCAGGAAAUGACGUCACGUUUUUUCGAAUCAAGGUCAUGUUAUUGUUUUAGUUUUGAAACUAUCCAUUUUUUCCUCUAGGCCUCAACCUUGCUUACAGCAUUAAGUGACGUCAUGCUGAUUUGAAUCAAAGUCACAUUAUUGUUUUGGUUUUAAAAUUGUCCAUAUUUUCUUGUAAACCUUAACCUUGUUUUGGCAGGAAAUGACGUCGUGCUGAUUUGAAUUAAAGUCACAUUAUUGUUUUGGUUUUAAAAUUGUCCAUAUUUUCUUGUAAACCUUAACCUUCCUUUGGCAGGAAAUGACGUCACGGUGUUUUGAAUCAAGGUCGUAUUAUUUUUUGGUUUUAAAAUUGUCCAUUUUUUUCGUCUAGACCUCAACCUUGCUUACAGCAAUAAGUGACGUCACGCUGAUUUGAAUCACAUUAUUGGUUUGGUUUUAAAAACGUCUAUUCUUAUUCUCCAGGACUUUAAUCUGGGGUUUGUUUACAACUGUAAAUGACGUCACGCUGUCUUGAAUCCAAAUCGUAUUAAUGUUUUUGGUCUUUAAAAAUGCAUUACACUUCAAACAUUUUUCGAAGAAAUAGCAAAUUUUUAUUCGUUAAAUAUUAAAAUAAACCAGGUAAUAUAUUUUGUCCGCAUUAUUUUAUGAAUAAAUAUUUUAUGAUCGCCUGUCUCCAAGACACUUAACUGACAAUGCUAAAUUUUGUUGGCUUCAAUUUCUGGAUGUAUUUUGUUUCUGAACUUUGUUAGCGAUCAGGAAUCAAUAAAAAUAA